AAUGUCAACCUAUAUUUUGUAAUUGAACUGACAAUAACAAGAAACAAUAAUUAAUUUUAGUGUAAUAAAUAGUUAGGUACCAUGGGUGGAUGUCGGUGUUCAUAUAAAAACUGUAAUAUUAAGACUGAUGGAAAGACUCACAUGUUCCAUUACCCAGUGUUCGACAAACUUCGAUGUCACCAAUGGCUGUUAAACGCACAUAAACUAGAUUUUUUAAAUCUUAAAGUGUCACAGUUGAAGAAUAGAGUCAUAUGUCAACACCAUUUUAAGGAUGAUAAUUUUAUGAAUUAUAAGAAAGAUAAGCUGACUUUUGAUGCUAUACCUACAUUGGAUGGACCUUACUGUGACUCUUCUCAAUAUGAAAAAAACAAUGAAGAAAACAUGGAAGCCUUUCCUCUUGUAUUGGAAGUAGAAAAUGAAAAUAUAUUAUAUUGUGACAAAAGAGCCAAUUAUUCUGUAAAAUAUGCAGAUUUUCUAACAAACAGUGAAAUUACUUUUGUAACUAAUUUAAAUAUAGAUAACAAAUCAAACUCUAAUGAAGAAAAUGUUAAUCAUGAAUUAAAGAAGGAAAAUAGUCCUGCAAAACCUACACAAAUAGAAAGGUACAGUGAUAAAUUAGUUUUUCAACCGAACACCAAUAUACAGCCAAGUGUUCUUUUGAACACAACAGAACCAAUGAUUAAUAUCUCAAAUAACAUUAACAAUACAAAUCAGUUAGCUGAAGAAACAAUAUUAAAAGAAACACCCAAAAGCAAAAAAGAAAAAUCAUCAUCCCUUAAUAUAAAGUUCCCCGAACCUAAAUUGUUGAGAGGCAGCCAUAUUAAGUCGGAAUCAAACAUUCCUAUAAAAAAGGAGCCCAAAGUAAAAAUUAUAUCUGAGAAAAGAAUUAAAGAUCCAAUCACUAUGCCCAAAAACCUUAAAUUGGUAUCCCCAUCAUUAAUAAUUAAAAUGCCACAGAAAAAAACACCUCAGCAAGAAGCAAUAUCUGCGCAGUCCUCACAAAAUAUUGGAGAUUGUGUGUUUAAGCCUUUAGAUGAACAGUAUGUUGUGCCAUUAGAAUUUGAAUCACCAAAUAAUACAAUUUCUGUGCAAACACCUCAAAUUGAUGCCAAAACAAGCAAAAUAUUACCCAGGAAACAAUUGGCUAAACGCCUUUCGAAAAUAGAAAAGCCAAAGGUGUCAUUACUGAAAAAUAAAAUUAGUUCACAAAGAAUAGCAGCUAUAGAGGAAAAGAGAAAGUUUAACAUGAAACUAAGAGACAUGAUAGAAACUUGCUUAGAUAAGAAAUCACCAAUACAAAAUGACAGAAAUAAAGAUAUAAAAGAUUAUGCAAACGAAAGCAAAAUAAACAAGCAUAGAGAUAGUGUUACUCAAGUGAGUACAUACUUAUCAAAGAAACCAGAGUUGCCUAGUGCACAGGAAUAUACAAUAGCUUAUUUAGAUGCACGCAUGAAAAGAUUGGAAAAUACGCUGUUGAAUAAGAUAGAUCAAAACACGCAAAAAAUUAUAGAACUUAAAAAUUCUAUUACAUCUCCAAAACCAAUAAAAAAGACUACUACAGUUCAAACUCACGAAAAUGAGGAAUCAUAUAAGAGACAUUUAUAUCAAGAAAUUUCUAAAUUCCUGAGUCCUAACUCGAAUAGUUUAGUGUAUGAAGAGUUGUUUAUAAAUAAAUUUUCUUUGGAAAAGGCAAAUGCGCCGGAAGUUAAAAGAAAACGCAGAAAGUGCAGAUGAUAAUAACUUACUUUGUUUUUUUUAUUCAAAUUAUUUUUAUUUAAAUAUAGUAUGAUGGAAUGAUAAA